GACCGAGCCCGGGGGACCGGGAGGAGCCCCGCGCGCGUUUGAAUGGCACCGAGGCGCGCCCCGCGCGGGGCCCGGGCCUCCCCGCCCUCUCGCGCGCGGGUCCCCGCCGGAUGUUGACGGCGUCGCCUAGCGACGGGAGAUGGCGGAGCCGGGCGACAGAGCCGACGGGUCUCACCCGGGGGGCAAAGCGUCUUCUGAAGGAGAGGAGGAGGAGAGUGACGGAGGCGAGGAGGCCUCGCCGCCAGAGAAGAACCACGAGCCGAGCAGCGAGCAGAGCAGCGAAGGCGCUUUGGGUGCGGCGGAGCCUUCGGAGGGGGAAACCGCGCCUGACGGGGAAGCCGAAGUGGAAGGGGAGGCCGAGGUCGCAGGGGAGGCCAAAUCUGAUGGCGGCCAAUCUGGAGAGCACGUGGACGCUGAAAUCGAAGAUGGGACCGAAGUCACAGGGGAGGCGGAAGCUGCAGGAGAGGCCCAGACCCACGAAGGCCAAACUGGAGGAGUGGAAGCUGAAACCCCUCAAGGAGCAGAAAUCGCAGGGGAGGCCGCCAUUCAGGAAGAUGGAACCACAGAGCAGGGGGAAGAGCAAUCGGAGGAAGAGGUCGAAGCCGAGAGUGAGGGGGACACGGAUUCUGACUUGGAGUUCGCCUCCCCUGGAGAGCAGAUCAGUUCUAUGAAUCUGACCGUUUCCGACGUCAGUCCUCUGGAGCUGCCUGAAAAGGGCGACAGCCUCACAUUCAUGUAUGAAAGGAUCCUCAGGGACCCCGGCCUGGAGGGCCCCUGGGGACCAGGAGAGCACCCCCGGCAGGCGGCAGGCUUCCCUGUGCAAACGGAGAGCCGGAUGGGGUCCCGAGAUCUCCCCGAGGCCUCUCACGUGGGGACAUGGCACCACCUCAGGCUGAGCAGAGACAGCAGCAUCGUGUCCUCAGAUAUGGACGAGGCCUUCCUGCCCCUGGAGGGGCCCCUCACGGAGACAGGCCCUCCGGGGGAGCCUGAGGCCCACCCCAGUGAGGAAGCCCAGCCAGCCGGCUUCCUGGACAGGAUCCAACAGUUGAGCCCCGAGGACUUGGCCAUGGCAGACAGAGCAGAGUCAGAGGGCAGCGACGAGGCGGAUGCCGGCAGGCCCCAGCUGAUUGUCCUGGACCCGGACCACCCCCUGAUGGCGAGGUUCCAGGCCGCCCUGAAGAGCUACCUCAGCCGCCAGAUGGAGAAGACGAAGCGGGAGCUCCAGGAGCUGGUGCGUAUGGCCCCCCGCCCGGCCCCCCGCCCUAGUGGGGCCCCCUGACCCCCGCCCUUCUCUUUGGCAGCACGUGGCCACCAAGCAAAGCCCCCCCCCCCCCGCCACUCCAUGGCCGGCUGGGAGAGGCGGCAGCAGGAGGAGGAGCUGCAGCGCUUCCGCGCGCUCCACUCCAAGACCUGUGCAGCCGCCAGCGACGAGCGCCGCAAGUUGGCGGCCCUGCAGACCGAGCUGGAGAGCCUGGCCCUGCACCUCUUCUACAUGCAGAACAUCGACCAGGACGUGCGUGACGACAUCCGUGUGAUGAGGCAGGUGGUGAAGAAGGCGGAGGCAGAGAGGGUGCGGGCCGAGACCGAGAAGAAAAAGCAGGACCUAUACGUGGACCAGCUCACCACCAGAGCCAACCAGCUGGAAGAGGACAUCGCCCUGUUCGAGGCCCAGUACGCGGCCCAGGUGGAGGACACCCGGGGGCUGCGGAAGGUGGUGAGCGAGGCCUGCAUGGAGAUUGACGCCGUCCACAUGGAGAAGCACCGGAUCCUGCAGCAGUGGGCCGCCAGCCUGGUGGGCAUGAAGCGCCGCGACGAGGCGCUCAGGACCGUGCUGGAGGCGCUCAGAGAAUGCCAGCACCAGGCCAAGUCCAUGGAUGGGGAGAUUGAAGCCUAUAAGAAGUCCAUCAUGAAGGAGGAGCAGAAGAACGAGAAGCUGGCCAGCAUCCUGAACCGGGCCGAGACAGAAGCCAGCCUGAUGCAGAAGCUGACCAGCCAGUGCUUGGCCAAGCAGGAGGCACUGCAGAACGAGUUCAACACCUACAGCCUCGCCCUGCAGAACUCCGAGGACGCCCUGAGCAAGGGCCAGCAGGAGCUCACGGUAGUGCUGGGAGAGUUGCAGACCGUCCAGCAGGCCAUCCGCCAGGAGCUGGAGCAGAGGAAGAAGAUGGAGGCCUCCAUGAUGGAGAAGCUGCAGGAGCACAUGACCUCCAACAAGAUGACCAAGUACUUCAACCAGCUCAUCCUGCGGCUGCAGAAGGAGAAGACCAGCCUGGUGACACAUCUCUCCAAAAUCGACGGCGAGAUUGCCCAGACCACGCUGGACAUCACGAACACCGGCUGCAGGCUGGACAUGCACCAGAAGACGCUGGCCGAGCUGGACAAGGACGUGCGGAAGGUCAACGAGCUCAUCACCAACAGCGAGAACGAGAUCUCCCGGCGCACCAUCCUGAUCGAGAGGAAGCAGGGCCUCAUCAACUUCCUCAACAAGCAGCUGGAGCAGAUGGUGUCCGAGCUGGGGGGCGAGGAAGUAGGGCCCCUGGAGCUGGAAAUCAAACGGCUGAGCAAACUGAGCGACGAGCACAGCGGCGACUUGGUGCGGGCCCAGGGCACCUGGCUGCGCCUGCAGCAGGAGAUGGUCAAGGUGACGCAGGAGCGUGAAGAGCAGCUGGCUUCCCUCGACAUGUCCAGGAAGGAGAUCCACAUCUUGGAGCAGAAGAAGCUGCGGAUAGAGAACAAGAUCGACCAGGAGAAGAAGGAGCAGAAGGAGAUCGACCGGCACAUGAAGGACCUGGACAACGCCCUGAAGAAGCUCAACGUGCUGCUGAACAGGAACCGCUGCAGCUCGGAGGAGCUACAGCAGGGCAACCUGGUGACCGAGAACGAGUUCGUGCGCGCUCUCAAGGCCUCUGAGCGGGAGACCUUGGAGAUGCAGGAGAAGCUGAAUCAGCUCAACGAGGAGAAGGCGGCCAUCCUGAACAACCUGGUGGAGGCCGAGCACCAGAUCAUGCUUUGGGAGAAAAAAAUCCAACUGGCAAAAGAGAUGCGAGCCUCGGUGGACUCCGAGACCGGCCAGACAGAGAUCCGUGCCAUGAAGGCCGAGAUCCACAGGAUGCGGAUCAGGCACGGGCAGCUGCUGAAGCAGCAGGAGAAGAUGAUCCGCAGCAUGGAGCUGGCCGUGGCCCGCAGGGAGACCAUCACCACGCUGGCCGAGGGCCAGGGGAAGGGUGACAGGAAGGUGCUCACCCAGACCGACUUCCAGCACAGGCAGGCCGAGCUGCGGCGGAGAAUCAGGGAUGCUCACAAGGCCACUGAGGACUGCUGCAAAACCACCCUGGAACUGGAAGCAACUCAGAAAGUCUUGAGCAGCUCCCUCCUGGAGAAGCAGGAGGCUCUGACCGCGGUGCAGGCAGACCUCGACGCGGUGGAAGCCGAGCUCGGCCGGCUCCUGGCUCUUAAGCGACAGAACCUCUCAGAGCUCGUGGCCUUGCAGACGCGCCUGAAGCACCUGCAGGCGGUGAAGGACGGGCGGUACGUGGCCGUGUUCCGCUCCCGGCAGUCCCUGGCCCAGGAGCGCCGGCGGCUGGAGGACCGGCUGACCCGCAUCAGCACCGCCCUCAGCCAAGUGCAGGAGGAGUACCCUCAGUUCCAGGAGGCCCUGCGCAAGGUCAGCCAGGCGAUCGCAGCCCAUCGCAGGUCCGGGGGGCCCACCUAGCCUGCGGCCGCCUUCCCAGCCCACCCCAGGGAGAGAUCCAGGCGAGUUUGUCCUCGGGGGCCACAGGGUUUUUUUGUGUCACCAAAAACCAAGGGACACCCUCAGACUGACACAUUAAGGGAGAGAGCCCAGCGCCACGGGCAUCUUUUAGCCACCUGCAGUUCAAGCCACGCAGAACCCCAGCAUUUCCAACCACGUCGGCGCGUCACCAAGGCAGGGCCGACGAUGCAGACACACGCUCCCACCUCCCGCCCUCACCAAGCAGCGCUUCGGGCCGCAGGGCGCCUGGACAGGCCCAUGCACCGGCUAAACCGGCCGUCCAGACCUAGGUCCAGGCUCCGGUGGGAGAAACGGGGAACAGCGGCCUGAGGCCAGCCUGGCCUGGGGCUCCUUCCCCCCCAGGAGCCCCCUUCUCCCCGCCCCCAGGAGACCCGAGCACCUGCUUCUGCCCGGUCUUGAGAGAGUGGAGGCCC